CCACCACCUGCUCGUGACUACACACUGUCAACCAGCCCCUCCAUACUAUCUACAAUCCAUAACUAGCAAUGGCUCGUACUAAACAAACAGCCCGCAAGUCCACCGGUGGCAAGGCCCCCCGUAAGCAGCUCGCCACCAAGGCAGCGCGCAAGACCGCAUCCAAGACCGGCCCCACCACCGGAGGCGUCAAGAAACCCCAUCGGUUCCGCCCUGGUACGGUCGCGCUGCGUGAGAUUAGGCGGUAUCAGAAGAGCACGGAGUUGCUCAUUCGCAAGCUGCCUUUCCAGCGGCUUGUCAGGGAAAUCGCACAGGACUUUAAGACGGACUUGAGGUUCCAGUCCUCUGCCGUCAUGGCACUCCAGGAAGCGGCAGAAGCGUACCUCGUCUCCCUGUUCGAGGAUACCAACCUUGCCGCUAUCCACGCCAAGAGGGUCACAAUCCAGCCCAAGGAUCUCCAGCUCGCGCGGAGGUUGAGGGGCGAGAGGUCCUGAGGUGUGAGGUGUAAGCGAUGAAUGAUGCUAGGGGAAUGGUGUUGUAUGAUGUGAUAACGAUGUGACGAUACAUGCUUGUAACACUAUGGCUCAAUACACUAUGGUCUAUGCUACCACAUACACU